CAGUAAAGCAACGACUGACAUCCCUCACAAAUGUUAAUUAGCCCAAUGGAAGGCGACACGAUAACCACGAACACUCUCAUAUCGUCGAUAAAAAAAUUCAACACCGACGGCAAACAACACGGCACUAUAAAGGCAUUACUGAAAAACUUCAUCCUUCCAGAAACAGAGAUGGCUAUUAAGGAAAAUCAAAGUAAUAGCAACAAAUAUAUUUACUCAGUACCUGCGAAACCACCUCUGCCGUCAUUGACGGAAAGAAUGAAGUCUAUACAAGACGCGAAACAGGCAUUCUUAAAUUCAACUGUUACUUCCACUACUCCGCCUCUUAGUCAUGAAACUAGCAAAGACAAUCACACCGUACACUACGCACAGAUAGCCAUAACUACAGAUAGUGAAGACACUAGGAGCACAGGUGGAGGCAAACACAUCAAACAUUCGUGUGCCACCUACAACAAAGAAUAUAGCAUUCCAAUAAAUGUAUCGCCAAGUAUUAAGAAAACAAUGGAACAGCAUCAAAGAAAAGUUAGUUUUAAGAUUAAAAAUGCCACGACAUCAUACAAACGACCACCUUUAGCCAAAACAUUGACGAUAACAAGCAGUAAAGUUGCAGAACUCACAAAGAAAUUCAACAACUUACAAACUGAAACACACAAUGUUGCUUCACCUAAACAAUCUAAACUGGUGAAGACCCUAGAAGAAUUGCAAUCAGCGUCACGAUGUUCCGCUAGCAAUAGUUCCACACCCUCUUCAACGCUCAGUUCAAGUCCAAAUAUAAAAAUAGUACUACGUCAGAGGCGAAACUCAAAAAAGCGCCACAAUAGGAAAAGAUGUUCAAGCAUGGAUUCAAUGGAAGAUUUAAUGAUUGCAGAUAGUUCAAAUAAAAUUCGUGUUAUUCGUUCAAAAUCUGAUGGUACCAAAAUGGCAAAAGCUUCAAAGAAGCGCUUAAAGUACCAGGAUUCAAGUGAACAACCGAGUGGAUCUGAUUCUGUUGAUGGUAGUCCAGUCAAAGUUAAGGAAGUUGAAUCAAAAAAAGAAAUCAAACCGGCGCAAAAUAAUGUAGUCAAAAAUGUAAUCAAAAAAUUUGAAUGUGAAAUAACUGCUCAAUCCAAUUCAAAUAAUACAUUAAGAAAACAACCUGAUAAAGUUAAGAGUACAACACCAUUGAAAGAAAAACCAAAAGUACCUGAAAAAAAAUCAUCACUAGUGUUAACCAAAAAUGUUGUAGUAAAAGAUGGCAUUCCAAAAAUUAAAACAAUCAAACCUGUUACAAAUGAAUUAGCAAAGCUAGAUAAUAAAUCAGACCAAAGUGAGCGUGAAGCCAGUAAAAGGAAAGAACCUUUGUAUGACCGCAAAAGGUAUAAAACAAAUUACAUUCAUUCCGAUAAAUUACCUUUAAAGGUUGUUGAAAUAAUCCCUGAAGAUAUUCACGAAAACAGUACAGUUACAUUUACUGUGAGUAGUGAGCAGAAGGAAGAAUCAGUCCCAUCUCUAAACGUUCCAGGACCUACUGAAGAAGACAAGGCUUAUCAAGAAAUUAAUUCGCCUAUAACACCGAACGAAUCAUUUUUGUGGCGCCGGAAAAGUAGUACACAAAUAUAUUCAGACUCUGAAAAAUCAGAUAAUUCUUACAGUUUUGUUAGUGUUUCUACAAAUGGCACUACCAUAACUUGUUCAGAUGAACCACGUGAAAUCAUCGUAGAAUCUCAAGUUGAAACUAACGAAUCUCAAGUAAACAUUUCAACAAAUGAGCAGAAAUCUGAAUCUGACAUGGACUUUGAAAGUAAUCUCGUUGAAGCCUGCAACAAAGAAAUCAUCAUUGGUUUUACAUCAAAACCAAAACAAGAGGAAAUAGAGGAUUAUUACGAACCUUUAGAACCUAGAGAUGAAGGAAAUGUCGUGAUCAUUCCAAUAAAAAAUGUAGAUAGAUCCUCUAAAAUAAAUUGUCCUUUACCGGAAAUUCCUAAGACCGAAAAUGAUAAACAUGAAGAAGAUAAAUGUACAGACAAGGAAAACAUUUAUCAAUGUUUACUUGAAAUGAGAUCACAUCCUGAAGGUGAUGAGAGUAGUCUACAUAACUAUGAACUAUGUGAUAAUGAACUUGAGGAGAGAACGAGAGGUGAUGGUGACAGUGACGAUGGCUAUGAAUAUUGCAAGUCUCCUAUCAAACCGUAUUGUGUAACCUCAAGCUCUGGUAUCCAGAUUGCUGAGGGUUACCAACCAAGCAAAAACUACGCAAUUUCAAAGUCAGUAAGCGGAACGUCCACUGUCAGCUAUGAAAAAAUAGGAUCAGAGAGGAUUUAUGAGAAAAUUCCUGCUCGGCCACCAAAGUCUAAAGACAGCAGUCCCACAUACAGUAGUCGACAUUCCAUCAUUUCCGACUACACGGUGUAUAACGAGAACGAAAAUAUAUAUGACACGAUAAAACAGGGCGACGCGACAUCGUUGUCGCACUGCUAUGAGAGCAUACCUAACAGCCCGAGUAUGGUAAAACUUAGGAGUAUGAAAAAACAGGUGCCCUCGAACGUACAGAAGCGUCUCUCGUUUGACACAGUGUCGAAUAUCAGCCAGUCGACGAUGUCAAGUGAACAAAAGACUAACAGCUUGUAUGGGCAAAGGUCGGUUAUCAGCUAUAACGGACAGGAGAUCGCGUUCCAAGUCCCGAGCAGUGAGACCAGCGUCAGUGACAGAAGUGAUCGCAGCGACGACUGGGUAGAUGUAUCGGAUGAAGAAAAAAAUGAACAAAAAAUCAUCAUCGUACGGGAAAGAAGUCGGGGUAGGAAAAGUCCAAUCAGCUGGUCGCAGAAAGUCAGACAUCAGUGGCAGAAAUCACCAAAACCCAACAGCAAUGAAGAAUGUGACAGCAGCGACUCGGGUCACCUGUACGAGUCGCUGGAACCUGCGCCUACGCAGACACACCCCUCCCACGCACCCCCACCUAUACCAAUAGAAGAAGACUUCGAUUCUUUCGACAGUGAUAGCGAUUCUGAUGACCACGACAAGUCCACGUACGCGCCGCCAUCUUUGCCUGCAUCCCGACUACCCAAUCCGCCGACCGGAGGCGGGCAGUACACCCUAACAAAAAUAGCCAGCGCAGCUCAACGAAAAAUGAGACAAAUCAAACGAAAUCUCACUAAAAGAUACACCGUUGCGAUGGACGGCAAACCUUUCACAAAGUCCACGAGCAACCCUACGAACAUCUACGACACUGCGAAGAAGAAAUCCCCAACCCCAAUCUACGCCAACUGUGAGAACCAGGACCCCGUGUACACAAAUAUCAACUUUAAAGACACACGGCUUGGACAAAAUAAGACUGAAAUUCCCUUAGCGAAGGUAUACGGGUCGUUGAAGGAAGAGUUGAAGACUGUUAUUUCGGAUAAGAGGGCGAGUUGUGGAGAUGUUCCUCCUCCGUUGCCGGAAAAACCUCCUCCCGAGAAGCCCGCGACUCCCACGGUACCAACGAACGAGACUCCUAAGAAGGACAGUGGAACUUUGUCCAGGAAAGCGUACUUUUCCUUCAAGUCUCGGUUCAGGCGCGCCACCUCGUUGGCAGUCGAUAUAAACUCCGAAGUGCCCAGCGCCCUGAAGAUCACCAACUCCACCUUCUACCUAACUGACUCUAUGGAUGGUGACUCCGGAUUCAGCAAUUGCAGCGACAACGGGCAGCCGGGUAGCACGGAGACGCUAUCACCAGAGAGCGGCCCCCGGCGUCGCGACGAACUGAAGCGGCUGCUGCCGACGUUGUCGCGCAAGGACAAGAGCCCGCGGGCGCGGACAUCGUGGUACGCGGAGUGUGGAGCCGAUACGACUCCCAACACUACGCCUAAUACUACUCCGAACACCUCCAAUACAUCCUGGUACGCUGAAGCAGGUCUGUACCAAGCAGGAAAUAUCUCCUCGUCAUCGGGGGCAUCCUCAGGCUCCCACCCAGCCAGCCCACUGCCCCACUCACUGUUCACCCACGAACCUCUCUACCAGUUCUACAACGCUGCCAAAGUCGAGUCUGUGUGCCGUGAGACCGGAGACUCGGACUCCGACGCGUACGAGGCAGGGUCGCAGCGCAGCGCCACCACCUCCGUGAGUGAGACGCCCGCGCGACCCUCCGCCAUGGCACUCGUGGCGCCGCGUGGGCCCUCUCGCACUCUCUGGUGUGAAGUACCUGAAGUGCUCAACUCGGCUGUACUCAGUUCCUUAGCACCAGCACAGAAGCGUCUCCAAGAAGCGAAGUUUGAGCUGCUAACUUCAGAAGCAUCGUACCUGAACUCUCUGAACGUGUUGGAAACUAACUUCAUAGCGCACCCAGCCUUCAGAGACCCGCAUGUACUGCCCAGACAUGAGUGGGAGACGCUGUUUGCUACCAUACUGCCUGUCCGCAAAUGCUCCCAACUGCUGAUGGCGGAGCUGGAGAAGUGCUGGCAGGAGAACAUCCUGCUGCAGGGGAUCUGUGACAUCGUCCGCCAGCACGCCGAGCUACACUUCCACGUGUACGUCAAGUACUGCGAGAACCAGGCGCUCAUGGUCAGGGCGCUGCAGCGGCUGCAGGUGAGACCUGCCUUCGUCGCCGCGCUUAAGAAACUGGAGAGUGCCCCGUCGUGCCAGUCGCUGUCGCUGCACUCGUUCCUGCUGCUGCCCAUGCAGCGCGUCACGCGCCUGCCGCUGCUGCUGGACGCCGUGCUCAAGCACCUCGACGCGCACGACAUAGAGUACCACGCCUGCGCACGCGCAUUACUCACGCUCAACAACUACGUGUCCCAGUGCAACGAGGGCGCGCGCAACACGGAGCGCGUGGAAGAAAUGUUCCGGCUGUGCGCCGCCAUCGACUUCCCCGCGCAUAUACGCUCCCCGCCCUGUCUCGGGCCGGCCUGCUCGCGGAGGGACCGCAGGCCUGUCCGCUGGCUAGUGAGGUCCGGCGAGAUGACGCAGUUGAUCUGGAAGUCGGAUGAGCUGAAGCUGACCUUCGGGAAGAAGUUCCACAAGGUGCCGCUACACCUGUUCCUCUUCAACGAUCUGCUCGUCAUUGCCAAGAAGAAGGGUGAAGAGCAAUACAUAUGCGUGGACCACUGCCCCCGCUCGCUGCUGGAAGUUUGCUCGAGCGAGGUCGGGGCCGGCGGGGCCAAGCACGCUCUGCUCAUCACGUUACUGGAGAACCACGAAGGUCGCACUCUCGAGAUGCUCAUGUCCUGUCCCAGUGAGACCGAGUGGUCUCGCUGGGCCGAAGCCCUGCAGCCCCCCGCGGCCACGUCGGAGGGCGAAGCCGUCUAUGCUGGCUGGGAUUGUCCACAAGUUUGCGCUUUAUAUGCAUAUGCGCCUGCGCAGCCUGAUGAACUGCCGCUAGCUGAAGGAGAUGUCGUUAACGUUACCAGGAAGACUAGUGAAGGUUGGUACUACGGCGAGCGCACCCGCGACGGGGAGGCGGGCUGGUUCCCGGGCGCGUACACGGCGGAGAUAGCGUCCCCACACGUACGCGCGCGCAACCUGCGCCAGCGGUACCGGCUCCUCGCCCUCUCCGGGACAUACCUCGGACACCGGAAGCGGAACCUCUGACCUCCUAAACCACGUACUACACGAACAAUUCUAACUUUGAGGUGACACUCUCAACUUAUUUUAUUUUUUCACUCUGUAAUACAUUUUUGACUUUAUUGCAAAGUGUUAAAGUUGAUUUUCUAUUGAACUUGGUUUUAAAUAUUGUUCAAACAAAUCACAGGUAUGGCGCGUAUUUUUCUCUUGUAUGAAUGAAUCUGUAAAGCUGUAGGAAGGUAUAUCACAGCGCUAAAAAGACAAAGUAUUAAAUGAUAAUUUCAAUCUGAAUUUUUAUAUAUUUUCAGUUGAAUUUAAGAUUUCAAUGAAUAUUUUUACGAGUUUUAAGAAUUUGUGUGUGUAAUGAAUUUUAUUUUAAAGAUACAUCAUCAAGCAUAUAAAAUAAUACAUUUCCAAUAAUAUUUUUCUCAAUCAUUUCGAUCUAAGCUGCCUUAAUUCCCUUAGCACUAAAAGCAUUUAUUAGGCAGCCAAACAUAUAGAAGAAAAUAAACCAUAUUCAAUGGAAUUAAAGACUAAAAUACUAUGUAGGAAUAGCUGGAUAUCAUCACAUUAGAAUCUCACAAAUAAGUUAGGAUACAGGUCUCAAUGUCGUUGUUAUUGGUUAUAUACUAACAUUAGGCGAUUAAUAUCGUGCAGGAAUUGGGAUAACUCCUUAGUCAAAAUCUGUUCUUUUGCAGC